CGGCUCCUGCAAAUGCAGGAUGAAGGAAGAAGGCAGCCCAGGCCUGGAGGCCAGGACCGCAUGGAGGCCCUGCGAUCCUUCCUGGACCCUGGGAGCGGUGGCUACAGCUGGCAGGACGCACAUGCUGAUGUGGGGCGCCUGGUGGGCACACUGGGCCGAGUGGCGGAGUGCCUGUCCUUGGACAAGCUGGAGGCGGCACCCUCAGAGGCAGCCCUGGUGUCGCGGGCCCUGCAACUGCUUGCGGAACAUCGAUUCUGGGCCGGCGUCGUCUUCUUGGGACCUGAGGAUUCUUCAGACCCCACUGAACACCCAACCCCAGACCUGGGCCCGGGUCACGUGCGCAUCAAAAUCCGCAUGGACAUUGACGUGGUCACCAGGACCAAUAAGAUCAGGGACAGCCUGGCGCUGCUGGAGGAGCAGGGCGAGGGCGCGCAAUGGCACAACGUGGGCACCCAGCCCACAGCAGACGUCUUCAGCCUGGCCCAGGUCUCUGGCCUUCUGCUGCUGGACGCGGCGCUCUACAGCCUCGCCACCUGGUACCUGGAAGCUGUGUGCCCAG